UGUUUAUACUUGGCGAAGAAGGAAUCGGAGACCCAGAAGCUUAGCAGCAGCAGCAGUUCUCGGCGGAAACGACCCGAACCACAAGAAGGGAAAAGAGUGGUACUCGCCUGCUCGGUACUCACCCUUCGCAAGCCUUGUCAAGCGGAAUGGGAAUUUUCUAGUAGUCUUGUUCUGUGAUCGGAGCAACAAAACCAGAUUCUCGGAAACCCUUUGUAUUCUCUUCACAAAACUGGUCCUUUGAAAGAUGAUGCUUCAAUUCCCUGACCCGGUGAAGCUCAAAACCAGGAAGCUUGUGUUUGAGGAGGCGUAUGCAGCACGUGACUCUGCUACGCUUGAGCAAUUGAAGGAGCUUAGCUCUAAGCGCAGAGUGAUUGAGGAGUUCAUCAACGAGAGCAGCUCCAUCACGGAAGCCAUUGCACGAGAAAUGUCUGGAGGAUUGACAUCCCAAGUUCAGCAGGACCUGCAAAGGCUAGAAGGGUAUCUUCCAUUAUUGGAGAAUUUGAUUUUCCACAUAGAUUUAAUUGGUAGCAAUGGCCAGAUGGUGCGAUGGACUUCAGAUCUGAAGAUACGAUGGAGUAGUGCGCUGAGCUCAUCUUCUUUCUUCAACCUUCUGGGCCCAAAAUUUUUUCAAAUUGAUAACUUGCGAUUUGAGCUUGGUAUGACCCUUUUUCUUUAUGGUGCAAUCCUUCGAGAGAGGGCUUCGGAAGUCCUGCCAACAGAUUUGGUGCAAUCUGCCACCUUCUUCAGAGAAGCUGCUGGAGUAUAUCAUCAUCUGGCUAAUGAGGUUCUUCCCUCUUUAGGACCUGCAUUGCCUGCAGAAAGGCCACCAGAAGCCUUCUCAUCUGUAUCCACUGUCAUGAGCCUCAUUUGUUUGGCAGAGGCCCAGGCAGUAACCAUCAGGAAGGCUGAAGAAAAAGGCACUGCUAUAGGCCUCUUGGCAAAGUUGCACCAUGGUGUUACACAGUUACUCGAUGAAGCCAAUGGUCUUUUAAAUACAAGUAGUGAGUGCAGAGAUAUUUCAUCUCGCUUAGUGGAAUUUAUAUUGUCAUGCAAAUCUCUGCACGAGUUAAGAAGUCAGAAAUAUCUUGCUGGAACUCUGAAGAUUGCUGGUCAAGUUGGGGUUGCAGUUGGAGUUCUUCGUGUUGCAGUGAUCAACGUCCAAAAGAAGAUUCCAGGUGAAGAGUCAUGGAAAUCAGUGUUCCGAAAGGAAAUUGAUGAUGCUUCUGAAAUGCUCAGGAAAUUCGAGCAUGAGAAUGAAUUUGUCUGGCAUGAGAAGAUUGCUACUGGUGAUGAGUUGCCAUUACCCCAAGGUAACAAAAUUGUGAGUUUUAUACCUUACAUUCCCAAAAGAUGGGAGAGAGAACUUGCGUUCAAGAUAUAAAUGUUCAUUGAAGUGUUUGUACUGUCUUUGUUCCCUGGUGAAGGUUAUCAAGCUUCUAGCUUUGCAUUUGCCAAGGGUUUGCUUGGCAAUUGAGUUGUAUGGACUAAGAUUGUUAUGUAAAUUAUAACCUUUUACUUGUCUGUUCUCUGUCUCUCCUCAAUUGUUGCACACUGAUGGGGAAUCACUCGUAGCAUGUAUGCUUUUAAUCCAAAUCCUUGAUAUAAGUCAAAGGAUGACUUUGUGAGAGAGAUGGAAAUAUAUUUAUUUGAGUUUUUCUGCA